AUGGCAAAAUACAUAACUUUAACAAGAGGAAAUCGGCUUCUCUGCAUUGGAGACUACACCUACUCCAUAAGCAGGCCUGUGAGCAACGGGUAUCGGUACAAAUGCACGAAUACCCGCAGCAAGAAGUGCACCGCUUUUGCUUACGUCAGCAACGACGAUAUCAUUUUCAAGCAAGGCAAUGAGCAUAACCAUCCGCCUAGCACAUACUUUCGAUUUGUAAGAUCAACCAGGGGCAAAGGCGCAAUCAUAGCAAUAUGCGACAACUAUCUGUUCAGCCGGAAUUCUAAGAUCGGCAAAGGAGGGGCCAGGUUCGCUUGCUCGAAACUCUCAAAGAAUUGCCCUGGCAGGAUACGCGGGAGAAGGUAUCGAAGCAUGGGCUUACGAGCAAGAUGGACCCAAGAGGAAAUGCAACUGGCCAUGGCAGCCGUGAAGAGUGGGGAGAUGGGAGUGUACACAGCAUCACAGCAUUUCAACAUCCCAAGGCGGACUCUGGGUUCCUACCUGAAAAAUAACAGGGAACACAAAUCGAAGCUAGGGCGGAAACCUUCGAUAUCCAUAAGUGAGAAGACAGACUCUAGCAGCACGCAAGAAUCCAUAGACAUGUAAAGGAUGAUGCCUUGGUUAAUGGUUGAAUUUCAAAUGACUGAUUUUUUAUAUGAAAGUUCUUUGGUUUCUGUGCAGUUUGUUAAAUUGUUAAUUGAGAGAUUAAGACACUCCAGGAUGAACUUGAACUAAUAUGGAAAUUAAUUAUGCACGCGAUCUCAUUUUAUAGUUAGAGUUAUUAAUUAUUGUUAAUAUCUCUCGAUAGUUUAAAAAAAUCAUAAUAAUCACCUACUUUCAUAUUGUAUACAAAACUUUAUUUCCAAAUUUCUUAAAAAUGUACUACAUUAAGAUGCAGAGAGAAAUGAAAUCCCUGCAUAAAAAAAUUUUUGCAGGGAAGGGGUAAACUCUGAUGCCGACA